AUGCUGUUGAAUGGCAGAAAGCGUUGGAAUGACGACACGGCGCUGGAUGACAGGAACCAGGACUCUGGUACUCUGGGACCGUCCGAAUCCCGCGGCCCGGCGUACCUUGUACGCCUCCCAGCGCCUCGUCGUGUGCGAGAUCUGGAGGUGAUCAGUGUCAUUCGUCCGUCCACUAAUCCGGAACUCGGGAACAAGAUGAAGGACGCCAGCCUCGACAUCUGA